UACUGCUCAUAUUUGAAACCCAGGUAAAGCAUGUCGAAGCAACUGAUAAACAUCAACAAUAAAUAUGACCGUGUCAUCGUUUUGGUGGACAUGGACUGUUUCUACUGUCAGGUAGAGGAAAAGUGCAACCCGGAAAUACGUGGUAAGCCUAUUGCCGUUGUACAAUACAACCCCUGGCAAGGAGGAGGGAUCAUUGCUGUCAAUUAUCCGGCCAGAGCGAAAGGUGUCACAAGGCACAUGCGAGGCGACGAAGCGAAACAGCACUGCCCGGACAUAAUCCUACCGCAGGUGCCUCAAGUGCGCGGUAAAGCCGAUACUUCAAAGUACCGAGAUGCUGGUAAGGAAGUCGCUGCCGUCUUACAGACGUUCACACCGUUACUUGAGCGAGCUAGCGUAGAUGAAGCUUAUAUGGAUAUCACAGAACGUGUCCUGGAACGAUUGCGCGAGAUGAAUGAAGGUAAAUUUCAAUUGCUUCCGGAAAAACUUCUCAACACUUUUGCUGUUGGAUACGAUAGUAUUGGGGAAUUCGUUCAGAAGAUAUCAUGUGACCUCGAUGAAGCAAGCAGUUCUCAAGAGAUUGAAAGCGAAGAAGACCGCGUAGCAUUGAAAAAGAGCGACAUAAAAUUGCUUAUAGGAGCUUCUAUUGUAAAUGAAAUCCGCGAUGCAGUGAAGGAGAAAACAGGAUACGAGUGUUCAGCUGGAAUAGCUCAUAACAAAAUUUUGGCAAAAUUAACGGCUGGAUUUCACAAACCGAACAAGCAAACAAUUCUUCCUCUGAAAAGUAUUGCUAAGAUGUAUGAAACAUUGCCGGUUAAAAAAGUAAAAGGCUUGGGAGGCAAACUUGGCGAUCAACUAUGUGAAUUGCUCAAGGUUCAGUUCAUGUCAGAACUAUUGAAAUUUCCAGAAAAACUGCUACAAAGUCACUUCGAUGAAAGGAUGGGCACGUGGAUGUUUUUCAUUGCCAGGGGUAUCGAUUUGGAAGCAGUGACACCAAAAUUCAACUCUAAGAGUAUCGGAUGUUGCAAAAGAUUUCCAGGUAAAAAUGCAAUUUUAGGUUUGGCCACUUUGAAACACUGGCUGGGAGAGUUAGCAUUAGAAAUACAAGAGCGAUUAGAGAAAGAUAUGGACGAAAACAGUCGCUUAGCCAAACAGUUGACGGUUUCAUAUGCACAGCAAAUUGGGGAAAAUGAUGUGUCUAGCACAAGAAGUGUUCCACUUGCUACAUAUAAUGCUGAAAGAAUUGCAACAGAUGCAUUAGAGACUAUCAAGCGAAAUACGGACGUUUUCCUCAAGCCUAACAAUAAUGAAACACUGAAUAAUCCAAUAAAAUUUCUGGGUAUUUCUGCUGGUAAGUUUGAAGAUAAUCGCGAUACAAAGAAAAAUGGAUUAAAAUUGAUGUUUUCCAAUAUGGCUAGUAAGGCCGCUCAAGAAAGUGCUUCGAACGCUAUAAAAAGUGAAGAAACAGCUCCUCAGCCAGAUAACUUAUGUAAAAAGGACAUCAAAAGUUUUUUCAAAAUGCCAUGUAAAUCAAAUGAAACGCAAAGGACUCCAAAAAAUGAAUCUACUCAAUCUAAGCAAUGUUUGACUAGCACCCAAAGUGUUGAGCAAAAGACAGAUUCACUGCUAUCUUCAAGCAGCAGUGAAUUAAAUACUAACACAGAAGAACAUACAAACAAGUUAAAUGAAACUAUACCUCUUGAAAAAGAUGAUGGCUCCUGUUCACGAGCAAUGCCUAAUGCUGACGAGCAGGUUUCCUCCAUUACGACGGUUGAAAUGGAAAUUAAAGAAACAAACUGUACUCAACAGCCAGAUGUAACAACAAAUCAAAGCACCGGCAAUGAUUACCAUCUAACUUAUGCAGAAUUCUACUGUGCACCAGUUCGUCAAGUUGCACCAGCAACAGAACAGUGCACAGACUGCAAUAAGUCUGUGCCAAUAGAUCAAUUGCAAUCCCAUCGUGAUUUCCACCUUGCGUUGCAACUGAGCCAACAACAGCGUGAAGACUACCGGAAUGAACUGAGAAGCAAAUUUGCAUCGCCUGCUGCAAAACCAAAAGCCGCGCCCCAACUUAAAGUUCCUGCUAAAAACACUUCCAUCGACAAAUUUCUAGUGACACCGGCCGUUGUUAGUGAAACAGUGACAGCGCUCGAAUUGUCCGAGUCGUGUUCGGAAUGUGGGAAAAUGAUCUUCACCAGUGACCUGCAGGAACACCUGGAUUACCACGCGGCCAGAAAGUUGCAACUCGAACUAAAUCAGAUGGAGAUGCGAAUGGCGGUGACUUCCGUGCAGCAACAGGGUAAAAAAGAAACCGGUACCGGUUCGAAACGUAAGCGACCUGCCAGCAGCUCGAAAGGCCAACCGGCGAAAGCGAACAACCUUUCGUCGUACUUUACCAGAAUGUCAUAAGAACAAAGAAAAAAUGUGUUAAAUUUUACAAAACUUCAAAAUUUUACAA